AUGACAGUCGGUUCGAUUCUAGGGAGCUUGCAAACAGUGUGGGAGACGUGGAAUAUCCGAGGCUUAGUCAUGCUAAGCCUCUCGCUGCAGGUACUCCUUAUUCUUUUUGCACCCUUGAGGAAGAUAACCGCCAACGGGUGUCUCAUUUUCCUCAUCUGGUCGGCUUACUUGCUUGCCGAUUGGGCAGCUGCAUUUGCUGUCGGAAACAUUGCCAGAAGGCAAAGUGAUGGCAAGUCUGCUAAUGAAGAUCUCAUAGCAUUUUGGACCCCUUUUCUUCUGGUACAUCUCGGAGGACCCGACACGAUCACUGCCUUCGCUAUGGAAGAUAAUGCCCUCUGGCUCCGGCACUUGCUUAACCUCAUCUUUCAAGUUUCUGCCGCCAUUUAUGUCUUCUAUCAAACACUCCCCCAUAAUGAGCUACUAAUCCCGACAGUUCUGAUGUUUAUUGCUGGAGUGGCGAAGUAUGGGGAGAGGACGCGAGCGCUGUAUCUUGCCAGCCUGAAACGUUUCAGGGAGUCCAUGCUCCUAGAGGCCGACCCCGGUCCGAACUAUGCGAAGUUCAUGGAUGUGUAUUCUUCCUUGAAGAAAGCCAGGCUUCCAGCAAAAAUAAAGAUCAUUCCACCAACCAACAAGUCCCAAAUGGCAAUUUACGAGGCUGAAGAUGGCAAACUUGACGAGGCUAGCAUACUGAAACAUGGUUACCACUUCUUCGAGAUCUUCAAGGGUCUUAUUGUCGACCUCAUAUACACCUUCCAGGACCGACAAAUUAGCCGGGAAUUUUUCCACAAAAGAACAGCUGCAGAUGCAUUCCAGGUUAUACAAGUCGAACUUAACUUCAUCUACGAAGUCCUCUUCACGAAGAUGUUGGUAAAAAGUACUCCGUGGGGCUAUGUCGUCCGCUUCUUAACCUCAGGAAUUUUCGUGGUAGCUCUUGUUCUGUUCACCAGCUUAAAGAAGCAUGCAUUCAACAGAUUUGAUGUUUGGCUCACCUAUUGCUUACUAUAUGGAGCAAUUGCCCUCGAUGCAAUAGCUCAUUUCAUGUUCAUAUUCUCUGAUUGGAGUGUUGCUACUAUCCAAAACUCUGUCAUCCUCAACAAGCUCCUUAACAAAUACGUCUCCUUCAUGACUCGCAUGGACAAACCAACUACACAUCAGAUAGAGCCCGAUUUUGUAUAUGAGGUGUUCAAUACACCUAUAUUGUCUUGUCGGUGGUCUGAAACCAUUUGCUCUUAUAGCUUUCUAUCUGUUUGUCUGAAAGAGCGUCCGAUAAAAAUCCAGAAGCAGAAGGGUUGUAGCGGCUUUCUGUUAUAUCUCCUCAGACAAAUAGCGUUUUAUCUCGGUCUACCUUUUUGGGGAAUCCUCAGAUCAAGUUCUUUAUUCAUCAAUGCCAUCUCCCUUGGUUUGCAGAAGAUCUCUGAUUGUUUGUCAAAUAAAUUGGGUCUGACUGUAGUUCUUGAGGGACUGAAAUUCAGGGCUAUUUUAUCCUAUGUUUUUGCAAAGCAUCCAGAUACUGACCGCAAUCCAGAUGGUCAUUGCAGUAUGAUCAUUGGUAAACUCUGUGUCAUUCCCUUGUAUAUCCUUGGAUUGAAGAUAUCUUGCUUCAAAUGCAUUGUCCGGGCGAUUAAUGAUGGUUUUUAUUUAGCACUUAUCGCCCGCGCAUUGAUAUCGGCCGUUACUUUAGCUGCAGAAAGUGUUGGUCUUGAAGAAGUUCUCGAUUCGCUGAAAUAUGUGUCGAGGAACCCCUUUCCUAAGAAGUUGUGGGAGUUCAUAUUUGAUGAGCUCCAAGUUAAAUCAAUGAUCGCAGAAGACGUAAGAAUGGCGAGGAAGAUAUCCAAGGCUAAAGGUGAGUGGGUUCUCCAGCAUAGUGAGUGGAGUAGCGAUUGCAUGGCGAUAAUGGAAUGUAUUGAAGGUGCCGAGUUCGAUCGGAGCCUUCUAAUAUGGCACAUUGCUACAGAACUGUGCUACAACACAGACGAGAGCCAGAACGAUCCCAAUUUAUACAGGAAGUUCAGCAAGAUCCUGUCGGAUUACAUGUUGUAUCUUCUAAUCAAGCAACCUACGAUAAUGUCCAAUGUGGGGGGCAUCGGCCAGAUAAGAUUCCGAGACACAUGCAUGGAGGCGAAGAAGUUCUUUGCGAGGAGGGGAACACAGAAAGUCGGGAAACUGAAGGAUGCCUGCUAUGAAAUCAUUGCUGUAAUAUUUGGCCUUAUUUUGACCAAGAACUGGGAUGUGACAAUUGCUGUGGACACAAGCGCGGAGCCGAUCCUCGUGAAGGGAGAUUCAAGCAAAUCGGUCUUGUUCGAUGGAUGCAUCUUGGCCAAAUUACUGAGAGAGCGAACGCAAGAGAAGUGGGAGAUCAUGUCUAGAGUGUGGGUGGAGUUGUUGUCCUAUGCAGCAAGUCAUUGCAGAGCAGAGGCACACGCCCAGGUACUUAGUAAAGGUGGUGAGCUCGUGACUUUCGUUUGGCUCUUGAUGGCUCAAUUAGGCAUUGGAGAGCAGUUCAGCCCUGCUUGUGCAAAGCUCACAGACUGUACUGUUCUUGAGAGCGUGUUUGAUUACAUCUGA